UAGGUUAGUGGUGCGACAUUUAGGGAAGGCAGAAAGUAGGUCAGGGACGGAGGUGCCUAUUUACCCGCGCCGGACUCACCGCCGCCGCCGCCGCCGCGGGAUCCGAGUGGGGGCGCGGGCGCGGGCGUUCCCCGGGAGCCACGGUGGUGCUGAUUAGCAUGCAUGCUCUUGGACCCAAGUUUGACUUUUCAAAUGUGGAAUCCUAGGCCUUCAUUGGUUUUUGGAUGAAGUGUACUGCCUGCAAGGAAACUACAAAACAUGAAAAUCACUUUGAGGUGACCAGUAAGUCCAGCAGCCGCUUGCUUCUCCCAGGCUGAGUCUGAAGCUUAAGGACCUUAACUUCAGAUGAGGAAACUUGGGCCCAGAAAGUGGGAGUGACAGCUCCAGUCAUAUCCUGUGGUGUUCAUUCCCCUUACUGUGGCAACGCACAGACCUUUUCAACUUGGUUUGGAGUUGGAGUCCCCUGCAAGAACAUCCAAUGGCGGACCAGAGAAUGGACAUUUCCUCAACAAUCAGUGAUUUCAUGUCCCCGGGUCCUGACCUCCUCUCCAGCUCCCUCGGCACCAGCAGUGUGGAUUGUAAUCGCAAACGGAAAGGCAGCUCCACUGACUACCAACUUGAUGACUUUUCUUUUGAAGAAAGCAUGGACACAGACAAAGAUGACCCUCAUGGAAGGUUAGAAUACACAGAGCACCAAGGAAGGAUCAAAAAUGCCAGGGAAGCUCACAGUCAAAUUGAAAAGAGGCGUCGGGAUAAAAUGAACAGUUUCAUUGAUGAAUUGGCUUCUUUGGUACCAACGUGCAAUGCGAUGUCCAGGAAAUUAGAUAAACUUACUGUGCUAAGGAUGGCUGUUCAGCACAUGAAAACGUUACGAGGUGCCACCAAUCCAUACACAGAAGCAAACUACAAACCAACGUUUCUGUCAGAUGAUGAAUUGAAACACCUUAUUCUCAGGGCAGCAGAUGGAUUUUUGUUUGUCGUAGGAUGUGACCGAGGAAAGAUACUAUUUGUCUCAGAGUCUGUCUUCAAGAUCCUCAACUACAGCCAGAACGAUCUGAUCGGUCAGAGUUUGUUUGACUACCUGCACCCUAAAGAUAUCGCCAAAGUCAAGGAGCAGCUCUCCUCCUCCGACACCGCACCCCGGGAGCGGCUAAUAGAUGCAAAAACUGGACUUCCAGUUAAAACAGAUAUAACCCCUGGGCCAUCUCGAUUAUGUUCUGGAGCACGACGUUCUUUCUUCUGUAGGAUGAAGUGUAACAGACCUUCAGUAAAGGUUGAAGAUAAGGAUUUCCCCUCUACCUGCUCAAAGAAAAAAGCAGAUCGAAAAAGCUUCUGCACAAUCCACAGCACAGGCUAUUUGAAAAGCUGGCCACCCACAAAAAUGGGGCUAGACGAAGACAAUGAACCAGACAACGAGGGGUGUAACCUCAGCUGCCUUGUCGCAAUCGGACGACUGCAUUCUCACGUAGUUCCACAGCCAGUGAAUGGGGAAAUCAGGGUGAAACCUAUGGAAUAUGUUUCUCGGCAUGCAAUAGAUGGGAAGUUUGUUUUUGUAGACCAGAGGGCAACAGCUAUUUUGGCAUAUUUACCACAAGAACUUCUAGGCACAUCAUGUUACGAAUAUUUUCACCAAGAUGACAUAGGACAUCUUGCAGAAUGUCAUAGGCAAGUUUUACAGACGAGAGACAAGAUCACAACUAAUUGUUAUAAAUUUAAAAUCAAAGAUGGUUCUUUCAUCACACUACGGAGUCGAUGGUUCAGUUUCAUGAACCCCUGGACCAAGGAAGUAGAAUACAUUGUCUCAACCAACACUGUUGUUUUAGCCAACGUCCUGGAAGGCGGGGACCCAACCUUCCCACAGCUCACAGCAUCCCCCCACAGCAUGGACAGCAUGCUGCCCUCUGGAGAAGAUUCCUUUGUUGUAGGUGGCCCAAAGAGGACACACCCCACUGUUCCAGGAAUUCCAGGGGGAACCAGGGCUGGGGCAGGAAAAAUAGGUCGAAUGAUUGCUGAGGAAAUAAUGGAAAUCCACAGGAUAAGAGGGUCAUCGCCUUCCAGCUGUGGCUCCAGCCCAUUGAACAUCACAAGCACACCUCCUCCUGAUGUCUCUUCUCCAGGAGGCAAGAAGAUUUUAAAUGGAGGGACCCCAGACAUUCCUUCCAGUGGCCUACUACCAGGGCAGGCUCAGGAGAACCCAGGUUAUCCUUAUUCUGAUAGUUCCUCUAUUCUUGGUGAGAACCCCCACAUAGGAAUAGACAUGAUAGACAACGACCAAGGCUCAAGUAGUCCCAGUAAUGAUGAAGCAGCAAUGGCUGUCAUCAUGAGCCUUUUGGAAGCAGAUGCUGGGCUGGGUGGUCCUGUUGACUUUAGCGACUUGCCAUGGCCACUGUAAACACUACAUGUUGCUUUAGCAACAGCGACAGUAUCAAAGUGCAUUACUGGUGGAGUUUUACAGUCUGUGAAGAUUACUGGAUAAGGAGAGAACAGCUUUUAUGUACUGUGUUCAUAAAAGCCAUCUCAGAGCCAUUGAUACAAGUCAAUCUUACUAUGUGUAACUUCAGACAAAGUGGAACUAAGCCUGCUCCAGUGUUUCCUCAUCAUUGAUUAUUGGGCUAGCUGUGGAUAGCUUGCAUUAAUUGUAUAUUUUGGAUUCUGUUUGUGUUGAAUUUUUUAAUCAUUGCGCACAGAAGCAUCAUUGGUAGCUUUUAUAUGCAAAUAAUCAUUUCAGAUGUAUGGUGUUUUUACACUACAAAGGAGUCCCCAUGUGGAUAUUAUUUCUUAUACUAAUUGUAUCAUAAAGCCGUUUAUUCUUCCUUGUAAGAAUCCUUUACUAUAAAUAUGGGUUAUAGUAUAAUGUAUUAGUUAAAUAUUUUUAAUAAAUGUUUCCCUUGUUCUAUAAAUACUGUUCACGCUGCAAAUAAUUAGGAAAAAACUUUACAUGCUACCUCCAAUUUCUGUAAUAUGUGUUUAAAGGUGAUCCAUGCCAAUAACGACAUUGCCAGUGCCUUUCUGAACAAUUCUGGAACUUAACAUAUUCCUCAUGCUAGAGCUUACCUGUAUUGUUAAAAGAGUUAAUUUCCAAAUGGUUGCAAUUUUAUGUGAGAGCAGAGUUGUUACUGCAUAAACACAUUUCAAAUCCUCUGAAAUUAUAAAUUCAAGAUUAGAUGUAAUGAAUUGGUCUUAUAACCAAUUAAGUGACCCCAGACCCACAGCACCUAAAUAUUUCUGCUUUCUUCUCUGAUUGGGCCACAAAAUAUUUUUUAAAAUAGCAUUUGUAUGAAUAAUUUGCUAAGCCUGAGCAGCAGAGUAUAAUGGAAAAAGCACCAAACCAGUGUCAGAAAUUGGUUCUAUGUAACCUAAAGUCGUUCCACCCUUUAUAUCAGGUUAGAAUAGAAAAUGCUCAUUCUUUUCAGCUCUAAUAUGUUUUGAAUUAAUAGUAUAUUUUACAGUUACUAAGGUAUCUGCCUCAUCAUACAUUUACCAAAUUGGAAUCUCCUGAGCUAGUAUUUGGUUUCUAGUUAGGCUUACAUCAAUAAGAAAGGAAAUCUGUGAAUUAUGAGACUAAAAAAUCUGAUCAAAGCGGCUAUAAAGUUGGUCAUUAACAUUAAAACAAUGGAAUUUUAUUUUGAUGAAAAACUGGAGUUUACAAUCAUUUAGUAAAUGAAGAGCAAACACUUCAUUUUCCUAGCUCAUAACACUUAAGAAAAAACUCAUUAGUAAAUAAAUAUCUGUGAACAGAUUAAGGGUAAGGCAGACUGGAUAAUAAACCACCUCUGAUGGUUACACUCCCUGCAUAUGACUCACUAUAAAAGGGUGAAAACAGCACUGGAGAUAUCUGAACUGAUACGGGCAUUGAUCACAUCCUAAUCACUCAAAUAAGCCCAAUGAUACUCAUUUGUGCUCAUCAGUGGGCAACAAACUAUAUACAUUUUACUGAAGGAAUACUUUGAUAGAAGCACUUGUUUAAGUUAUAUUGUGCAUCACACCAACAAAAAUGGCUUAAACAGUUCAAUUUAGCCACCAUUUAUAAAGUGCUAUAUAUAAUAAUCUGCAUUUUAUCUGGGAUGUGACCAAUGUCAAUCUAGACUGAAAGUACUCCAGCUGCAAAUUUCCACCUCUUCUGAAAAAGAUCUAGAUGUGUGAAAAAGGACUGUCCCCCAUUCAAAAAAUCAAUUUCACAAACCUACUGGUAAACAAAUACAUUUAUAUAACUGGAACCUCAGAAUACUAGAGUUGUACACAUAUUAAAAACCAUUUGGCUUCCUUUGGUCUUUCAAAAAAGCCUACACUGCAAUAUCCUAAACAUUGUUAUGUGCAUCUCACAAUGAAGAAGAGUGGCCUUGCAGUGCAGAAUGAGGAGAGUACAACAUCACUGUAAAGAGUAGCAUGCUACGGUUUCAAGGAACAUCAGCAUCACAGCAUUGGAUUCUGUCCAUCAGGAUCAAGGUCAUUGUUGCCAGAAGGGGGAUGGACAGGGAGACUAUCCAGCUCAUCCACUUGUGGAGUUGGGUGCAUGACUACUAGCUGAUCCUGGGGAAUGUCUGCGGCAGCUGCUGCAAGGUUGGUGAUGGAUUUACUCUUCACACACUGAAAGUCUACAUGCCGACUCUUU